CAGUCCGACGACGAGACGAGCAGGGGGCACCGGUCAGGCAGGCAGGCGUGGGCUUUGUGGGAAUAUGGAUAUCAACUCGGUGGCUUUAGAGGCGAGUCAGCCCCCCAAGAAGGCUGCCAACGGGAUGGCGGCGCCCGUGGCACAGAAGCGCCCCUCCAAACCCAAGAAAGCUAAAAAAGCUGUUGUUUUCUUUGAGGUGGAGAUCCUGGAUGCCAAGACCAAGGAGAAGCUGUGCUUCCUGGACAAGGUGGAGCCCACCGCCACAGUCGGGGAGAUCAAAGGGAUGUUCCACAAAUCUCAUGCCCAGUGGUACCCAGCGCGGCAGUCCAUCCGGCUGGACCCCAAGGGAAAGUCCCUUAAAGACGAAGACAUCUUGCAGAACCUGCCAGUUGGCACGACAGCUACGCUGUACUUCAGGGACCUGGGAGCGCAGAUCAGCUGGGUGACGGUCUUCCUCACCGAGUACGCCGGGCCUCUUCUCAUCUACCUGAUGUUCUACUUCAGGGUGCCCUUCAUCUACAGCCCAAAAUAUGACUUCACCACGAGCAAGCAUUGGGUCGUGCACCUCGCCUGCAUGUGCCACAGUUUCCACUACGUCAAGCGGCUGCUGGAGACGCUGUUUGUGCACCGCUUCUCGCAUGGCACCAUGCCACUGAGGAACAUCUUCAAGAACUGUGCCUACUACUGGGGCUUUGCAGCGUGGAUGGCCUACUACAUAAACCACCCUCUGUACACGCCGCCGGCUUACGGUGAACAGCAGAUUAAAAUGGCGCUUGUCAUCUUUCUGUUCUGUCAGAUCGGCAACUUCUCCAUCCACAUCGCGCUGAGGAACCUCCGGCCUCCAGGCUCCAAGACCAGGAAGAUCCCAUACCCCACCAAGAACCCCUUCACUUGGCUCUUCCUGUUGGUCUCCUGCCCAAACUACACCUACGAGGUGGGCUCCUGGGUGGGAUUCACAGUGAUGACGCAGUGUCUGCCUGUGGCCUUCUUCACCUUGGUGGGCUUCAUUCAGAUGACCAUCUGGGCGAAGGGGAAGCACCGCAGUUACCUGAAGGAGUUCCGUGAUUACCCGCCACUGCGCUCCCCCAUCCUGCCCUUCAUGCUGUAGAGACUGAGCCCCCCGUCAUCGCCCCCUGGCAUCCCACAAGAGAAUCGCAGCCUCUGCAUGCCAGGGAGGAGACGAGAACUGUUUUGACACUGGCACUGGUGGCACGACUACGCCAAGUGUUGGGCCUGUGCCCGUGACUGCAGUGUGUUGUUUUUACUGAGGUGUCAUUGCCCCCCAACACCCCCCCCCAAUCAUGUUGGUCAGCUUUGAACCCCCUUGUGUCUUUUGUGUAGCCCACCAGGAGCAGAGCUUUGCCACAGGCGCCCGGGCAGGUUUGGUGAUUGAAAUGCAAGUCAGGAAUGUUGAGAAGAGACAGGGACCUCGUGGUGGGCUUAGCCGUACAGUGGAGUGGGCAUCAAAGGGGUCAGGUGAAGGAUGGCAGCUGGCACACCUGAAUGGUGCCCGGGGAUGGCAGAGUUUACACAGUGGGCUGGUGCAGCCGCAGUCCUCUGGGACAAUCCCUGUCACUUCCUUGGCUGCCCUUCUGUUUGUUUAGUGAAUGGACAGACCUGAGGCGGCCCACUCGUGUGCUGGGUGAGGGUACCCAGCCUGGCAGAGCAGCUCCUGGCGUCUGUUCGUUCACUUUGCUCCUCUUUUUGUUUUGUUGCUCAUCUUUGACCUCAGUUGAAAUAAACGACGUUUCCAAGUUUG